AUGCCUACGAUCACUGAAGCGCCCAAGAACUUCGACUUCAUAGUCGUUGGAGGUGGUACCGCUGGCUGCGUCGUGGCCGGUCGACUUGCAGAGAAUGCCAAUGUCAACGUACUCAUCAUCGAGGCGGGCAUAGGCAAUCCGGAGGACAUCGAUGCUAUCACAACUCCUGCCCGAGCCUUCGAGCUUCGCGGAAGCAAGUAUGACUGGCAGUACAAGACGACCAUGGUAGACCGGCCGGAAUACACCAGAAUCGAGAAGCCCAACACUCGCGGCAAGGUCCUGGGAGGCAGCAGCUGUCUCAACUACUACACCUGGAUCCCUGGUAGCGCUGCAACCUUUGAUGACUGGAGCGAGUUUGGGGGCGAUGAGUGGACUUGGGACAACGUCAAGGAGUACCUCUACAAGCCUGCGAAAUACCACGAUGAACGUGAAAUCUACAGCCCCAAACUCCAGUACAUCGGCCAGAACGGACCUCUUCCAGUUUCGCACUCGGACCUGAUCCCUGAGCUGAAGCCCUUCCGCGACGCCUUGGAAACCGCAUGGGUCAGCAAGGGCCAAGAACUGACCGACGAUGUUCACGGCGGCACCAUGAGGGGGUUGUGGAAGUGCACCAACUCCAUUUACAAUGGAAAGCGUUCUUCGAGCUGGAUGUAUCUGAAGGGCAAGGGAAACGUAGCUGUUCUGUCGAGGACGAACUCCAGAAAGAUCGUCAUCGAAGACGGCAAGGCGAAGGGCAUCGAAGUUACGGGCCCCGACGGCGAGACCUACUCCUUCUAUGCCAACUGCGAGGUCAUCGUCUCUUCAGGAGUCUUCGAAACUCCCAAGCUUUUGAUGCUCUCCGGAAUCGGCCCGAAGAAGACCCUCAAAGACUUCGGAAUCGACCAAGUCGUGGCCUCGGAGAACGUGGGCCAAAACCUGCUCGACCAUCCGAUCAUACCCCACGUGUUCAGGCUCAAAGACGGCUACGGCCUGGACGGCCACCUCCUCCGCCCCGGCGCGGCGCACGACGCCGCAGUCUCCGCGUACAACAACUCGAACAGGGGCCCGUACACCAGCGGUCUCCUCGAGCUCGUCGGGCUCCCGCGCAUCGACUCGUGGCUGGAGCAGGACGCCGAGUACGCCGCGUACAAGCAGGCCAACGGCGGCGUGGACCCGUUCGGCCCGGGCGGGCAGCCGCACUUCGAGAUCGACUUCGUGCCCAUGUUCUCGGACGCCUUCCAGUGGCACAUCCCCUGCCCGCCCGAGGGCGACUGGCUCACCGUCAUCGUGGACCUGCUGCGCCCGCUGUCGAGGAGCGGCGUCGUCACGCUCCGGUCCGCGGACCCGCUCGAGGACCCGAGCAUCAACCUCAACUUCCUCGAGGACAAGCUGGACAUCAUCGCCCUGCGCCAGGGCCUGCGCUUCGUGGACGACAUAGUGAUGAACGGCGAGGGCAUGAGGGACAUCAUCGGCGAGGACUACCCCUUCCCGAUCCCCCGGAACUCGGACGAGGCCCUGAACACCAUGAUCAAGGAGCGCUUCCAGACUGGCUUCCACCCGUGCGGCACGUGCCGGCUGGGCAAGGACAUCGGCCAGGGGGUGGUGGGCAGCAAGCUCAAGGUCUUUGGUGUCGACAAGCUCCGUGUCAUCGAUGCUUCGGUGAUCCCUGUCAUCCCGGACUGUCGUAUUCAGAAUUCGGUGUACAUGAUAGGAGAAAAGGGAGCCGAUAUGAUCAAGGCUGCUUACCCAGAUCUAUACUACGCUUGA